UCCAUAUCUGAAUAUACAUUUACCUCAUUUUGAGCGCUUAAAAUAGUAUAUACGAUGAAAAAGAACAGACUUACGAAGAUGUAAAAUAACACGGCAACAGUCCGUGACAGUUAUAUUAGCGAUAUUGUAUUAGAUGUAUAAUCGAAAAAAUUGAAUAAAUUAUGGACUCUGCAUUUUGAAUCUUAAGAUUUUCGAGUUAUGCACACAAUUCUGAUAGAUCUGAUAAGGAAUAGCGCAAAUUUUCUUCAUCUUAUUUGAUGCUGAAGCUGAAUAAAUUCAUGUUUAAGGUUAUACGCGGAUUUGUGCAGUGUGCGUGCGUGACAUACUGCGUAUACGGAUACGUAGGAGAUAUUGUAGUGUGCAGCGGUCCGUCCAUGGAACCUACAUUAUAUACUAAUGAUGUCUUAUUCAUGGAACGAAUAUCAGUUCGAUUACAAAGACUUGAAAAAGGUGACAUUGUGAUUUCCAAAUGUCCCACCAACCCGAAACAAAAUAUAUGCAAGCGAAUUACAGGCUUGCCUGGUGAUAAAAUAAAAAAUGGCUUUGAUGUAACAAUAAUACCUUAUGGACAUGUUUGGCUGGAAGGUGAUAACAGUAAUAAUUCUACAGAUUCUCGGGUAUAUGGGCCAAUACCUCAGGGGUUGUUGCGCGGACGAGCUUUGUGUAAAAUACUUCCAUUAAAAGAGAUAACUAUGUUCACAACAAAAUGUAUUACUUAAAUUAAUAGUACAUAUAAUAGAGAGAUGCUUACUUUUAUUAGGUGGACUCUAGAAAUUCAUGGAUUGUGGGAAAUUCAUGGAAUUAUUCUGGUUAAAUUGGUUUAAAAAAAAUUUAAUUUUUUACACAUUUAUAUUAUAGAUUUGAACAGACUUAUACUUUUCUUAUAUAAAUGUAUAUUUUUUUCUUAUAGGAAUGUGUAUCUGUGCACAUACUAAUUUUACUCAUUGAUUAUAUCUAACAAAUAUUUUGUUAUCAAUUUUAAGAACUUUUUCGAGAUUGUAUGUUUCAAACAAAUGUAAGCUAUCAAUUUACAGAGCAGCAAAUUAUAUAUAUAAAGUUUUGUAUGUACAUGAUUUGGUAAUAAAUAA